CCCAGUCUUCUCCUUUCCCCAAGACUGGAGACCAUGCCAAAGCUGCAGGGUUUCGAGUUCUGGAGCCGCACCCUUGGGGGAGCACGCCAUGUAGUGGCCCCCAUGGUGGACCAGAGUGAGCUGGCCUGGAGGCUGCUGAGCCGCCGCCAUGGGGCUCAGCUCUGCUACACACCCAUGCUGCAUGCCCAGGUCUUCGUCCGAGAUGCCAACUACCGCAAAGAAAACUUGUACUGCGAAGUGUGCCCUGAGGACCGGCCCCUCAUAGUGCAGUUCUGUGCCAAUGACCCUGAGGUGUUUGUUCAGGCGGCUCUGCUGGCUCAGGACUACUGUGAUGCCAUUGACCUGAACUUGGGCUGCCCACAGAUGAUAGCCAAGAGAGGUCACUAUGGCGCCUUCCUGCAGGAGGAGUGGGAUCUGCUCCAAAGAAUGAUUCUGCUGGCCCACGAGAAACUCUCUGUUCCUGUCACGUGCAAAAUCCGUGUCUUCCCAGAGAUUGACAAGACUGUGAGGUAUGCCCAGAUGCUGGAGAAAGCUGGCUGCCAGUUGCUGACCGUACAUGGGCGCACCAAGGAGCAGAAGGGGCCCCUGUCGGGUGCAGCAUCCUGGGAGCACAUCAAGGCUGUGCGGAAGGCUGUGGCCAUCCCUGUGUUUGCCAACGGGAACAUCCAGUGCCUGCAGGAUGUGGAGCGCUGCAUCCAGGACACCGGCGUGCAGGGUGUCAUGAGUGCAGAGGGCAACCUGCACAACCCUGCCCUAUUCGAGGGCCGGAGCCCUGCCGUGUGGGAGCUAGCCGAGGAGUACCUGGACAUCGUUCGGCAGUACCCCUGCCCACUGUCCUACGUCCGGGCCCACCUCUUCAAGUUGUGGCACCACACGCUGCAGGUGCAUCAGCAGCUUCGAGAGGAGCUCGCCAAAGUGAAGACCCUGGAGGGUGUCGCGGCUGUGAGCCAGGAGCUAAAGUUGCGAUGUCAGGAAGAGAUAUCCAGGCAAGGGGCAGAGAAGCCAGCCGGUGACUUGCCUUUCUUCCACUGGAUCUGCCAGCCCUAUAUCCGGCCAGGGCCCAGGGAGGGAAGCAAGGAGAACACUGGUGCCCGUAGCAAGCGGGCCCUGGAGGAGGAGGAAAGUGGCACGGACAUCCUGUCCAAGAACAAGCAGAAGAAGCAGCUGAGGAACCCCCACAAGACCUUUGACCCCUCUCUGAAACCAAAAUAUGCAAAGUGUGACCAGUGUGGAAACCCAAAGGGCAACAGAUGUGUGUUCAACUUGUGCCGUGGCUGCUGCAAGAAGCGUGCCUUCAAAGAGACUGCAGAUUGCCCAGGUCACGGAUUGCUUUUUAAAACCAAAUUGGAGAAGUCUCUGGCCUGGAAAGGGGCCCAGCCUGGACUGCAGGAGCCCCAGCCAGCAGGGUCUGGGACACCAGGUGGCUUCUCUGAAGUCAUGGGCAGUGCCCUGGCCUGAAGGCCCCAGAAACCCCCUCACCCCAGGACUGCUGCUGGAGCCCGGACAUGGCCCACUCGAGGAAAUGCCUUUUACUCAGGGAAUCUCCCGCUACUUAACAUGGAAGGAUGCACCACAUCCUCCCAUUGGCCCAUCCUGGGGCCUGGAAAUGCUGCAGCGGGGAGCAGGCCCCAGGCUAGACCUGCCCUGUCCUCACCACUCAUGUGCGUUCAAAAGUGAACAAUAAAUGGUUUCAAAGAUG